AUGGAUGAUCUUAAUCUCUAUGUGCUGACAUUUAACUGUGCAAGAAACAUUGUCGAUGUCGACGUGUUCGCGGACCACUUUUUCGACGCACUCCCCGCGUCUGGUGCGGGGAGCUCCGCACCCGACCUGAUUUUCCUCUCGCUACAAGAGAUCGCACCCAUUGCCUACUCGUUUCUCGGAGGAUCCUACCUUUCACCCUACUUCGAUGGAUUCCGCCGUGCCGUCCAGAAAGCCUCGGCACAAAAAUGGAGCCACCACUAUGUGAACUUCCUUACGGAAAAUACGGGAAUGACAGGCCUGAUGCUUUUCGCGCGCGAGGACACCCUGGCCAAGAUCGCCUGGAGUGACACCGCCCACGUCGGCUUCGGGGUUCAGGAAAUGGGAAACAAGGGUGCUGUUGGGGCACGCCUGGGAUAUGUUGUCGAAGGACUCCCAUCCAAGACCGUGGACCUCACUUUCGUGGCAGCCCAUCUCGCCCCCAUGGAGGACUUAUAUGAGCAAAGGAACAUGGAUUGGAAAAGCAUAGUUGAGCGCCUUGUGUUCACGCACGACACCAAGAGACCGGCAGAGGGUUCAACUGCGAAUGAAAAUACCGGCCUUCUCGACGACGCUGCAACGGCCCACGCGGAGGGCAGUCGCAGGGAUCUCUUCGCGCCCAACGCCUACCUAUUCCUUGCCGGAGAUCUCAACUACCGCACGUCGAAUGUCGGACCCUCAAUUCGAGAGAUCGAACAUUUCCCUCGGCGCAAUGUCGACAUUGAUAACCCGUCGCACUAUUCGCACCUUCUGAAGAACGACCAGCUCGUGCGCGAGAUGAGCUACGGCAGGACCUUCCACAGCCUGUCCGAAGCGCCUAUCCACUUCCCUCCCACGUACAAAUACUCGGACGCCGCGCGCGAAGCUGUCCGCCGGGGCUUGGACACCGACGAGCUUGAAUGGAACUGGUCGACUCACCGCUGGCCUAGCUGGUGCGAUCGAGUCCUUUACCUUGAUAAGCCCUCGUGGGUUGGUGAGGCCGGAAAGGUCAAACCGCUCGCUUACAACGCACUGCCUCUCUUCGCACAGUCGGAUCAUCGUCCCGUGGCGCUCGUUGUAUCGGUGCCGCUACUGCCCUCUAACGAAUCCUCGGACACCGAGAACAUCCGAGCUGUGGCUCCAUUCUCUAUUGAUCCGAGUUGGAAAUCCAAGCGAGACGCGGCGCGACGAAAGGAGAUUGCGGUGGGUGCAGUUGCGUAUCUGGGACUAACCAGGGAAGGAAAUGGGCUGCUGCUCGCGUCGUUGCUCGGUGUCAUCGGAGCGUGGUUCAUCCUUCGAUCUAUGCUGGAGGUUUGA